AUGUCUGGAGCCGGCCCGCGAGAGCAGCACCAGCCUUCCUCGUCGUCAUCGCACACGCCCGUCAUUGUCACUCCAGCAUCCUCCGACGACCGCGACGAGCUCGACUUCCUCGGCGACGACGACGAUAACGAUCGCGACAUCCUCGACCACGACCCCAUCCACGGCGACCUCAGCACGCCGCUGUCCUUUAAGCGCAAGCAGAAGCCCGCGCUGCUGUCGAACCCGCUGCGAGUCUUUUCGACGCUCGCCGGCUCGUCCUCGUCGCCGCCACAGUCGCAUCACCCGCGCUCAAACAAUCGCAAUAAUCAUGGCCACCAGCACUCCACCUCGCUCGCAUCGCUGGCCAGCGCCGCGGGCUCGCUGCGAGACCAAGUCUUUGGCAGCUCCCGCCCCAGCUCCAAAGACGGCCUCCCCAACGACUGGUACGCCGAGGGCCCCGGGCGGCGAGUCGCCUACGAGGACCUGACGGCCAUCGACUGGAUCUUCGAGUACACCAAGGAGCGCCAGCGCCUGCGCGUGCUGUCGUCGAGCUCGGGCGGCGGCAUCGUCAGCUACAUCCGCCACCUGCUGGACGCCAGUCAGGUCUGGAUCGUGCUGCUGCUGACGGGCCUGGCGGUGGGCGUGAUUGCGGCCCUCAUCGACAUCACCACCGACUGGCUGGGCGACAUCAAGCUGGGCUUCUGCGCGAGCGGGCCCGAGGGAGGGCACUUUUACUUGAAUAAAAACUUUUGCUGCUACGGCUACGACCAGGGCUCCAAGUGCGCGGGAUGGCGCUUCUGGAGCGAGGCGCUUGGCAUCCACUCGGCUGCGGGCAAGUGGUUCAUUGAGUACUUUUUCUUCUUGGCUUUCGGGGUCCUCUUUGCGUACUGUGCGGCACUGCUCGUGCAGGAAUAUGCCAUCUAUGCCAAGCACAGCGGUAUCCCCGAGAUCAAGACCGUCUUGGGCGGUUUCGUCAUUCGCAAGUUCCUGGGUCCUUGGACGUUGGUGACAAAGUCUUUUGGUCUGGUUCUCGCCGUGUCGUCGGGAAUGUGGUUGGGAAAAGAAGGCCCCCUGGUGCAUGUCGCAUGUUGCUGCGCAAACGUGUUCAUCAAGCUAUUCUCCAAUAUUAACAACAAUGAAGCACGAAAACGAGAAGUACUCUCAGCUGCAGCAGCUUCUGGUAUCUCGGUUGCCUUUGGAUCUCCUAUUGGAGGGGUGCUGUUCAGUCUUGAGCAAAUUUCAUACUUCUUCCCUGACAAGACCAUGUGGCAGAGCUUCGUCUGCGCCAUGUCCGCUGCCGUUAUCCUUCAGGCCUUUGACCCCUUUAGAUCUGGCAAGCUGGUCAUGUACCAGACAAAGUAUAGCCACGACUGGCAGGGCUUUGAGAUCUUGCCGUAUGCCAUACUGGGUAUCAUUGGCGGUGUCUAUGGCGGCCUCUUCAUCAAAGCCAACAUGGCCGUCGCUCGAUGGAAAAAAUCCAAAUCUUGGCUCCCCGGCCCCAUCACUCAAGUACUGGCAGUGGCCCUCCUCACUGCCCUCGUAAACUAUCCAAACCACUACAUGAAGUUUCAAGCUUCAGACCUCGUGUCCAAUCUAUUCACCGAAUGCUCCCAAAACCUGGACGACCAGAUUGGCCUGUGCAAAACCGGCGCAGCGUCAGCCGGCACCAUUGUCCUCCUCAUUUUCGCCGCCCUUGUCGGCUUCCUUCUUUCCACCAUCACUUUUGGCCUCCAGAUCCCCGCCGGCAUCAUCCUGCCGUCCAUGGCCAUCGGCGCCUUGGUCGGUCGUGCCAUGGGCAUAUUGAUGGAGAUUUGGGUGGACAACGCUCGCGGCUUCUUCCUCUUCAGAACCUGUGCUCCUGACACGCCAUGUGUCACGCCCGCUACCUAUGCCAUUGUCGGAGCAGCAGCGGCCCUCACAGGUGUCACUCGCAUGACCGUCUCCAUCGUCGUCAUCAUGUUUGAGCUCACCGGCGCCCUCACUUACGUCUUGCCCAUCAUGAUCGCCGUCAUGAUCUCCAAAUGGGUUGGCGACGCCUUCUCCCGCCGCGGCAUCUACGAGUCCUGGAUUCACUUCAACGAAUACCCCUUCCUCGAUAACAGCGCCGAAGUGGCCAUUCCCGACGUCCCCGUCGCCGACAUCGUGACCCGCGUCGAGGACCUCAUCGUCCUCACUGCCACGGGACACACAAUCGCAUCCCUCAACAGCAUCCUCGAGAUGCACCCCCACCGCGGCUUUCCUGUCAUUUCCGACCCCCGAGACGCCAUCCUCCUAGGCUACAUCUCCCGCGCAGAGCUAAGCUACAAUCUCAAAACAGCCUCCAAGUCUCCGCGCAGCCUUCCCCCGGAGACCGAAGCCUACUUCUCCCACCAGCCCCUCGCAGACCCUCGAACGACGCUCGAUCUCCGGCCGUGGAUGGACCAAACCCCGCUGACACUGCCCUCUCGCACGAGCUUGCACCUCGUCGUAUCCUACUUCCAGAAACUAGGCUUGCGGUACAUGCUCUUCACCGACCGUGGUGUCCUGCAGGGCCUGCUCACGAAAAAGGACAUUUGGUAUGUCCUCAAUGGCGCGGACGAAACGCGGCGCACAACAGCCGACUAUUCUGCGCCUAUUAGAACCGGAGCCAGGAUAAGAGAGCAAGAAAGCGGGAUUAUGGACGAGGGAGGUGAUGAGGAGCAGAGAGGCCUUUUGCGGCCGGGGGAUGAUGCGGAUGACACGGAUAGGGGGUCAAUAUUAUAG